GCCCGAGUCCCGCGCUCCCGGGCGGGGGCACUGCCGAGCCGACCCGGCGGGAAGCGCCUUCCGGGAGGAGGAGGCGGAGCCGCAGCUCUGCGGGCCCCGCCCCGGUCUCCGCCCCCUCCGGGUGCCGGGAGCCGGCGCGGGGCCGCACCCGCUGUCUGCACCAAUCACCUCCCGCAGCACCCCGUCAAACCGGGCAGAGCACCGAGACACGGCGGGAUCCGCACCGGGAUCCGCACCGGGCUCCUCCGGCCGCUGGGGAGGGAGGAUGUGAGGAAGCGAGGGACGGGCCCGGGGAAGGGGCAGCGCCUCGUUACCGGAGGGAGGCAGCGCCCGCAGCCUGCCCGCCCCGCGAACCAUCCUGCAGAGCUCCCGGGGCACGGCCGGGCUGGCAUUGUCCGCUGACAGCCGGCCCCGGGCCCCUCCAGGCCUCUAGACUUUGCUCCUGGGGUAGCAGAGCACCUUGCGCCACACCAGCAGCUGUGGCCAUCGGGCACUUCCCCUAGGACGUGUCCCUGGGUAGGGCACCAAACGAGCAGCGUUGCUUUUGGGUGGGCCUCUGUGCACACUGCUGUUUGCACUAUGGCAGCAAGGCUGUAUAUCUGCGUGUUGGGCUGUUCUGUCCAUGUGGCAAUGAACACUGGGCCGCACGCUGCUGUUGGACACCAGAAUACCUGCCCAGGUGUCCUGCGUGCCCCUGCGCUCAGUGCACCAUGAAAUUCUCAGUGGAAGAUGAUUGUGUGCCCCUGUGGCGCAAGUGGUAGAAGUGCCGCUCUGCUACACAGAGGCUCGAAUCCCAGGGGGUUGGACUCGAUGAUCUCUAAGGUCCCUUCCAACCCGCACAAGACUAUGAUACUAUGAUAUGAUACUAUGAAGAUGAUGAAUUUUGCAACCUGUUAAGAGUGUGUUGGUAGUUGUGCUUCUCUGCUGGCUUCUCUCUACCACGUCAGGAUUGAGCUCUCUGUCCUUGCUGGUUUCACAGUGCCCGCUGCUGCUUGGUCAUUAUGGAGAUGGCAAAUGUUGCUGCUGGGCCCUGGUGCCAGCCUCAGUCCUGUCCGAGCACUUCCCUCCUCACCCGUGGGAGGUUCCCUGUGUGCUGCGAAGUGACUGCAUGAUCCUCCUUCAAAUCCCUCUUCUGCUGUGACGUCUGCAGAACACUUGACAUGGAUUAGUCUGUCACGUGGUGGCUCUUAGCCCCUCGCUGACCUGUGCUUCCCCUCCUCUCUCUACUUUUGGCUGAUAUUAAACUCCAGGCGUGUGUAUCUUCCCUGUCUGUGGGAGCUGCCCAGCCCUGCGGUGCAGCUGCACUUUGGGAGGAGUCCAGGCUAUGAGCAGUUCCUCGCUCUGCUGCCUCAAGUGCUCACUUUUCCAGCUCUCUUAUCUGCAUUCUGCCCUUUCCCCUGAUACCUUCAGCAUGUCCCUGAAAAGCUUGUUCUCUUGAUUCCUCCCCGUUAUUUUGAGAGCAGUGCUGCAGAUUUUUGCUUCCAACUGAGGUGUUGGUUGAGCAGCCAGCUCAGCAGGAGAGUUUGGGUUCUCCCAGUCACGCUACAAAAUCCCACCCUGCUCUUUGAUAUCUUUUUGUUUUUGUUUUGUGAGCCAAAAUUGGUUCUCUUGUUGCAGCUGCUCUGCGCCACUAAGUGAGAUCUGUGCUGUACUUCUAACCGUUAUAGCCUGCUGAUAUCCGUUUCCUGCCUGCCACUCCACUUGAACUUCUCACUUCCUCACUUGGCAGCAAUUGUCCUUGGAUCGACAGCAGUGUGCUGGGACAGCGAGCUGUAGACUGUGGCUGCAAUACAGGGACAGCAAGGAGUGGCAUUGUGUUACCCUGAUGUUCAGCACCACUGAAGCAUGGCUGAAAUAGCCUCCGGCUCUGCUGUCAGUGUUUCAGAAGGAGGCUGCAGAUCUGGAAAGGACUCAAAAUCCUUUUUUUUGAGCAAAAUCAAUUCAAAAGCUGAAAAAAUUGAAUGUGACACAGGGUUAGAGUUGAGAUGCUUGAGCUGCUUAGUUCAUCAGUGAGAGUGUUGACAUGGUGCAGUCACGUUGUUCUCAGUAUGUGCCCAGGGAAAAGCUUAAACGAAAGGUUGCUUUGCAAAGGCAAAAUAAGAUCUGAGUUCCAGAUGUGGGGCAUAUGAGACUCAAACAGGAAAAAAGCUGUGGAUGUCACUAAGUUAACACUGGAACUGUUCGUCUUGGGGUGGAUUGGAUGGGAUUGUCUGAAAUCUUUGUUUAGAAUUGAGUGUAUUUCUGUGAGAUAUGUCUUAGUUUUGCUGCAGAGAUAUAUCAGUGAUGGAGUAUUUUUUGCUGCUAGCUGGAGAUGUGCAGAGAUUUCAGCCUGAUGCCUGUGCCUAGGGUUGUUUUUCCAGUAAUUUUGAAGCACCCAAUUGCCUAAUGCCAUGAAUAUUGCAGUGAACAAUGUGGAGGAAAAAGCUGUCCAUUCCUGGUCGAGAAUUUACUCUGCAGGACAAAAAGUGCUGGAGGAAGCCCUCCGAGUCUUCAACCCCAUGUCCAAGGACCUCUCAGACACAGAAACGCAGCUGGUCGCCUUUAUUCAGGGCCUCAAGGAAGAGGGUUUCCAGCCCACAAUUCUGAGGAGCAAGGAUGUGUAUGGGUACAACUCGUGCACAGCAGACACACCUAGCCAAGCAAAAGGGAGCACACCGCACAGCUGCGCUGCUGCCGCCACCUCCACAUCCCCUAAGACUCCAGCUAGAAGCACUGCAGCCAUGGCAAGAGCAUCUGCUUCCCCCACCAGCAUUUCUGUGAACUCUUCUAAAGUCUCCUCUCUGCCAAUCUCUAAAGGUGAUUCCACAAAUUUGCUGCUGAACUCCUUUAAGCAGACCAGGUCAGGCAAGUCCAAGGCCUCAGUAGUGGGCUUUCCUGCAAGCAUGUAUCCUGAUGUGUAUCCAGCCGUGAGGCUGUCUGUGGUUCUGGAAGCUCUGGUGCCACUGAAAACCCACACAUCCUGUUUGGAAUCCAAGUACACACACAGGCCUCUUGGGGUCUCACCCUCGGACCUUAAACUCCUGAAGGUUUCAAGCCAGACAAGGCAAUUUUCUCCAGGCAAGACCACUAAAAUAAGAGAAGGUAGGAGGUGUAAGCGUGUGGGAAAGAAAGCACCGGAUUCUGCCACCCUCGCUUUAAAUCUUCUGAAGGGACUAAAGGGUGGAGUGCUGCAGGAGAGCAAUGCUUGUAAAGCCUCAGGAGUCCUGAACGGAAGAAUUGCAGGCAGCUCCUCCCAAGGCUGCGCCACAGCACAGCAGUCCAAGGCCUUGAAAAUCAAAGCUAAGGAAGCUCCGGUGGGGAAAAUGGAGUGGAAGGAUAGCAGCACUUACCAGGAGACUGUUGGGAAGAAGAGGAAAAGAGUUACAGAGGUGAGAGAUGCACCUCAGAGAAAAAAGUCAAAAUCCAUUCCUGUCCAAAAUAAGGCUCGACGAGCUCGGAGCACUUUGAACCCGCUGAAAUUUUGGGCCAUCAAGGUGGGCAAUUCUUCUUCCGAUGAUGAAGUGAGAAGAAGAGCACAGAAGAUUCUUAGAGUCAACCUGUCCCCUGUGAUCCGAAUUCAGCCCUUGUCCCACUCUCACAGCGUCCCCUGAGUUUCUUCACUUGGUCACUUUCUUGUAAGUAAAUAUGAUCCCGGCACCGGAGCGUGGUGAAGUUUAAGAGCAACUUUGGAUUUCUGGUGUCUGGUGACUAUACAUCAACUAACCUGUAGACGGAGCAGCCUGCUCUUGUGCUGCUUCUGGCUGUCCACCACCACCACUAUGCAGAACUGGCUGCACAAGUGCAAAACCGUGCUCAGCAAUGUGGGACGGUGCCUUUGGCCGCCGUGAGCCGAGCAGGUCAGAACGCCGACUUUCUCUGGUCUCCCUUCUAAAUGUGGCAGGCUGUGCUCUCGCUGCAGGGUCAGAACACAUGACUUUCUCAUGACAUGGAUGCACUGUGAUAUUGCUCUUUUUCAAGCUGUACAUUUACUGGUUUUAUUUUGAUCAAAUUUUAUAACUUUAUUAUCUAUGUACCCAUAUAUGUGCAUAUAGCCCAGGAACUGCAGGAAGAUGCACUUCCUCCAUCCCUCUGGGCCUGGGUUCAAUAGCUUUUGUUCCCCCUUCCCAUCAGCCAGUCUUUUGUUGAAGGUGCUCGGAUUUCACUGUGUUUCAGUGUUGUGACAGUCUGUUCUGGGUGCUCUUGAACAGCUCAGAAGCAGGCAGAGUUAUAAGCACUUGAAAAUGCCAAGCAAUCUGGAGAAUUACCAGCUGAUAGUUGGUACUAUCAUACUUUUUUAUCAUCGGGAUCAUACUUCUGGUAUUACUGUUGCCUGAAAGUGGGGGAGUACUACUGGGCUGGUGCUUGCAGUUUUGCUAGAGGUCUCUGGGUGCUUCCUCUGUUCAUGGUAGCGGAAGCUCUGAACUCAUCUUGGGACUUUGCCUCCAAAGAGCAAUUCUACUGGAGCCCAGUGUUGUUCCGCCCUCUCUUACCUCUGUUGCAAAGGUAGAAAAUGAGCUAUGACUGUUACAGCCUUAGGGCUAGAGUUGCUGAUCAGAGUUGCUUAAAGUGCCCUGCCCAUGAUGUAGCUGCUGUUGCUGAACGCGUCAGGAGCAGGUUCUAGGUGUUACUAGAGAAGAUGCCCACUGUGUCUGAAUGUAUUAGAUAAAGCCCACCUGUCCCAGAGUUCAGUGGCAUCGGUGAGCCUGAACCACAGCAGAAGAGAUGAAUUAUAGACAAGUGUAUACCAGCACUUAAGUGUGGAAAGUUUGUGGGGAUGUCUGUCAGUUUGUGGGGAUGGGGCAGUAGGAGCAGAGAAUCACUGCAUAACUAUGGAUAGCAGCUUUGCCAACCGCUGGGGUGUUGGGAAGAGGUGUGUGACAGCUCAGCAAAGGUUCUGCUGGUCCCCAGGAGCAUCGCGUGCCACUGCCAGUGGGCUGUGCUGCUGCAUGUGCCAGGACAAGCUGGGGUCGAAGCUCAGUGAGCAGCACACACCUAUAGGGACAGCAGGUGGGGAUGUACACAUGGCUGGUGGUGGGAUGUCAGUGGGGUACAGCAGUCUGGCAGCUUGGGGAAUAUAGUAGUGCCUGGCUGUUUGCAAGGUUGGCUGUGUGCCGUGCUGUGUUCAGGUCUCUGCAGCAGUGGGCUGGUAAUCCACUCAUUUUCUCACCAGCUCAAAAUACUGAUUGUCUGACCUAGUAAUCUCUGGGGACAUUGGUUGAAGGGAUGAGCUCCACAGGGAAGCCACAGCUUCUUAUGUAUCAGCUCUUCUCUAGCACCUGUCCGGAUUUCAGUGCUUAAUAAAAGGGGUUGGUGUCUGAUCCCCAGCUCAGAGAGCAGAACUGAGGUGGGAAGAGGAGAAAGGAGUUUCACUAGGGAGUGAGAGGGCAGAGGAGCUGGUGUCCUGGGGCACAGCUUGGGCUCUGAGCCUGCUCUCACCCUCAGGAGAUGAUGGCUGGCCCUGCAUCACGCGCUCUGCUUCUGGGCGGUGUGACCUGCUGUCAGAGAUUAUAACUUGCAGUGUUCAAGACUGACCUGUGAAUGCCGCUGGUUGGCUGCAGAGCAGGAGGAAUGUUUUCUUCUCCUGUGUUCUAAAAUGCCCUGGCAGAGAAUUCCCUUUCUCGACAUGAUUCUGGAUGAACAGGAGCCUUCCAUCACUGCUUACUGGCCAAAAAUUACUUUGUCCCUUUUGUUCCCACCCCUUCAGACCUUUCUCAUUCCCACGCUCUCAAAUGCCAGGUCUCAAAGUCCUGUGCUGGAGUUUCUCUUUCUGGCCGUGUCCCAGGGAGGGCUCUGUGGUAUCGCUGCUCUCGUGGCUCCUCCGUUCCCAGCCCCAUAUAAGGGCACCAAGAGCUGUCCUGGAGCUUCUUUGUGCAGCACGAGACCUACCUCCCAGCAGAGUGCCUGGGUUCCAGUGGGGAAAAGCAGUUGCUCAUCCGCAGGGCUGAAUUUAGGGACUUAUUUCCUCCAGUGUGAACAGGAAGCUGAGCACCUGAAGCCAGCUGUCUGAUGCAUCCCUCACCUUCCUUGUGUUUCUUCUGCUGCUGCACUGCUAUCUGCUUCCCCGCUCUUCUGUCACCUCUUAUUUAACACUUUGAAUCUGUGCCAGCUGAGGACUUGCCUUGUGCUGUGUUGCACAUCAUGCAGAGCACACCACCUCAGCCCCACCUUUCCAGGCACUGAGCUGGGUAGAGGCAUUACCUUACCCAGCAUCCUUCCCCAGCCACCAGUGCAAGCUCUGCUGUGCUAGAAGUGCUUUGUGGUAGGGCUGUAUCACGGCAUCCUGUGAGGAAUGUCAGCACCCUGUAACACUGUGAUCAGACCUGCCUCUGUCAGCAUUUCUGUGGCACAGAGCACCCUUGAGCUUGCAGGGCUGUGCUGCAGCUCUCAGACUUGCUUUGUGUUUGCUGAAUUCACAUCAUUUAAAACAGGACUCUGCCAUCCUGAUGUCUCCUCUUCCCCAUCGAUGACUUUGGAACAUGGCUGGAAGAAUGGCAGCCCAUUAUUCACAGAGGGGCUUUGCGGCCUCUGGUGCCAAUGUCAGCCAGUGCAGCCUGGCAGUUAUGUCCUGGUGGAUGUGUUGGCUGUGGGCUCCCCACAACCUGUGCUUGGCUCUGCUGUCCUUUGUCUGUACACACAGCUUGCUGCCUGGUGCGCUGGGAAGGUUGGGGGGCUAUCAAACCCCUUGGCUCUACCAGAGAUCUCCUGAGGUCACUUCCACCCUGUUUGUUCAAUGGCAGUGGUUGGAUCGUAUGCCUUCCAAGGACUUGCAGCAGUGCUGGCUGUGCAGCAUGUGGAAAAUACAUUACCUGCAGUGCCCCCGGUCUCUCCUGAGCAUGCCAUAUGCACGUUGCUCAGACCUGCUUCUGUAUUAGUCAGUUUGAAUUCAUCCAAGUGCCUAACGUGGCCUGUGCUAUUCCUGGGCACCGUGACAGCCAAGAGCUGUGGAGGCUCUCUGAGGAACGCUUUAACUGCGUGGGUUUCUGCCACUGUCACUUGUAGUAACGAUUCAGGCAGCGGUCAAAGGGCUGUUCUUCAGGCUGAGUUGGUGGAAAUCAUUUUUCUUUUAUUCAGCUGCCAAGAAGCAAGAGUUUAUGCUUCACUUCCACCAGACGAGCUCUGUGAGCUUCCUGCAAUGCUUCAGAUGUCUGUCACUGAGGUCCUUGGGGAGAGCAGCUUGUACAGCGGGGAGCAGACAUCAGACACCGGGCUGAAAUCACAGUGUUAAUUGGUAGAAAUGUUUUAAAGUUCAUGUGCGCUGUGAUCACAUUUCACCUUCUGCUGCUGCUUUCAGCUGGAGAAGUUUCUCCUUGGCCUCUUCCCUGUGAGCCAUGUAGCGUGGCACUCCUGUUUGCUUUCCCCCCGGAUGCCAGCUGCAGUAGUGUCCUUGUACUGAGUUUUGUAAGCACUUUUCUGCAAGAUAAGGGAUUAUUACUAUUAUUAUUACUACGAAACUCCUGUUUUGUAGCCCACCGCUGGUGUUUUAGCAUGGAGAGCUGUGCUGGAGAGUCCUUAGAGCUGCACUGGGUUGGAUGGGGACGGCUCUUUGCCUUGUCAGCUGGGCAGGCUGGGACCAUGUGAGGACAGAGCUGCUGUGCUGUGUGUGAGGCAUUGCUGAUGGCUGUCGGCCACAGCUGAGCAGCUGUGGAUGUGACAUUCCUGCACUGUGCUGCCUGCAAAGCAGUAGUGCUGAGGUUGGACCCCUCAGCUUGCUUAGAAAGGCAAGAAGGAAGAUCUCUAAAGGAGAAGCAGGGAUUGGGGGGAAACAAAAGAUGCCAGGCUCCCCUGGCGCCUGUUGCCUGCUGCCCUCUGGAAGAACUGGCAGGGAGAGUGAGCAUCUGAAAUGACUUCCCCUGUGGGGGUGAUUAGGCCUUGCCCCUGGGGAGUCCCUUAAAGGCCUUAUUAUCCUCUGGGAAUCUCUCCUUCUCUUAAUUAGCCCUUCUGGUUCCUGUUGCUACAGGCAGCCCCUGUGAGAGUCCGGUGAUUCCCAUGGAUAGUGAGGCACAUGGCGCUGCUGUAAAACAGUGGGUGCUGCAGAGCUACCACUGAAACCUGUCAUCCCCAGGGCACAGCCUGCAAAGCAGGGUGUCAAGGCCUGGGACAGUUUGAAGCCAGCACUGGCAUCUGUGCUGGGGAAGACGUGUUGUAUAAUGACAUUCCCUCCUUGUGGUUCCCAGUGCAGCAUAGCUGGGAUGCAUUACUCCUGCAGCAGGGCACAGCAGGGAUGUGGGGAUCUGCCCCAGCACUGCUGGCUACAGGACUCCUCCUCCAGCCAUCGCAUCUGGGAGAACCACCUCCAUGGCACAGCAUGACCUCCCUGCCCAGGAAUGGUGCCACCAAUGGUCCCCAACACUUGGGUGCCUCAAGUGACACUGGGAGCAGCAAUGUGCCGUGCCCAGGCUGCUGGUGCUGCACCUCAUCCCCACGGCUGGGCACUCAACAAACUUUUGUAUGAUGAAUUCACAGCAGCCGACCAUCUUGUUCUGGAGUGAACUUUAUACUGUUUCAUUUGUUUGUGUAGAAUGUUUCUGAAGGUAUAUUUAAUGUUUAAUAUGAGGCUGGGCUGCUCCACACUCACUGUUGUAUAUUUUGGAGCGGCAUUGUUUGGUGAAAAGACAACCUUAGUAUUAUCCCACUCUUAUGAGGGAACAGGACAAAAAACAGUCUGUCUUCUUUCUUAAAUGAGAUGAGCUUUUGUAAUGAAGUCCUAGCAGGUGUCCAGCCCUUCAGUAAAUGGUGCUCAGAACCAC